UGCUGUUAAUCCCUCAAGACCUUUCAUUCCCACACCAGUCAUAUCCGCCUUGUCCGGGUUAUAUAGACUGCCUCACCAAGGUUGAACCUGUAUAAAGUCAUGAACUUGUGUCUAGUGGCCAUUCUACCAUGUCAGACAACGAGCUGACUCCCUCCGAACUGGACGCUCUGCUCGACAUCCUCGUCCACAAUGAGUCGUAUGCGGAAAUCGAGCGCUUCAAAUACUCUGGCGCAAUCAAGAACUAUGGUCCGCCAUUUCAUAUUGAUGACGAUGUCAUACCCUCCUCUCCGAUACUCCAAACCCUCGUCUCGCGGUUUCUGCUGACACUGCCUGGACUACGGGACGUUUCGGAAGAGUUCUGGAAGGACAGAAUACACAACCUGAUUGAAGAGCUUGGAGAUGCGGAACUCUCUGAGAGUUACGAUAAGGGUUCGAUUGGGGCUAGAAGGACGCUUUCGACAGCGAUUGCAACACUUCUAGAAUACCCCGCGAAGGGGGUCCUGCAUGGGCUUCCUAAGGAAAAAUCCUUAAAGGAUGACAAGGACUAUGAUGCCACAAAGGCAGAUGACCUUUUCGAUGCCUUUCACACCUUUCUGCAUCAAAUUGUGCAUGGUGAUAUGAUAGACCAAUUGUUUGAAGUUGUCGCACAUAGUGAUAAGGUGGAAGAUCACUCGCCAUUAGUUCAGACUGCCCACGAGUUUCUCCUUGUGAACCUGGCCUCAUUUCUCCACUACAUUACUGUACUGUCUCCAGAUGGGCAAUUCAUCAUGAAAAUCCUCUCAUGGGUCCAUCGCCUGAUCCCCUACACUGUCGUCCGACAAACAUUGAGAAUUGGAAAUGCGGCCACUAUGAUAGGCGCCAUGGUGAAAUUGGUUCUCACGAAGAUGUCACUCGGUAGCAUCACUAAUUGGAUGGGAUGGAGCAAAGGCGCAGAUGAAGGGAUGAAUUUGAUGCAACAGAUUGUAUCCACAGUCAUCAGUUGGGACCUGGCUGAGCUGCAGAAGCAAGCUGCGAAAGCCGAAAGGACCGCAGAUGGGCAGGGGAAAGUACAUCUAAGCCACAUCAAAGAGCACAUUGAGGUUCCACGAGAGGAGCGUGAGAAACGUCGGCAGAUAAGCCAAAACACCCCUCAAUCAAUUAUCGCCACAAUUAUAUCCGAAGCGACUGAGGCCGAUGUUGAGGACAUGACUCCUGAGCAUCAUGAUCGUUCACUGGAGUAUCUAGAUCUGCAGAUGAGUAUGCGCGAUAGGACGCAAAUCUCUCGAAUAUUCUGCACCAGGUCGCCAGAUAUCCUUACCCCGACCGUUAAAGACGUCGUUUCGGCGUAUGAUCCUAUCAUUCGAGCUGUCCACAACGCAGUUGACUUAAGUGGUACCUUGUCCAACCUUGAAGCCUUUCUCACAGACUUCAUUAAGCUUGCGCAGCUCCACGAGAAAGAAGGACCUAUCAAGAGCACAGCAACCAGUCGGCCAUCUUCACAGGCUCCCUCACGUACGGCAUCACCAGCACGGCCGCCAAUAACCAAACCCGCGCCAUCCGUCAAGGAUUUUAUAGGGUUACUCAGGAAGCAUCAAAACUCCCUGCAUAAGUUUCUCCAUCAGGUUGCCCACAAUGGGCCGGAGGUCGCGUCAUGGUAUCGAGACUAUGUCAAGUCCAGCGCUGCUCAAUUCAAGCCUUCAUCAACGCUGAAUGUCAAUAUCAAGAAGGAGCUCCAAGGCAUGUUCAACAAGCUGCAAGAUAAAGAGAAAGAUCAAGUACGGAAGGACUUGGACGACCAUGCGGCGUAUAUCCAAAGGUUACAAGAUGCAACGAGGAAGCGAAUGCAGGAAGCGCUUGAUGGCACCGAGUUCGGAGAAGACGUCGGCCCUGGGAUGUAUCUGGCUCGAUGGAAGGAGCUUUUGGAUGCAACAUUACUUACACCCCUUGAACCGAAGGGACCGUUGCGUAAAGGA